GCUUGUCCUCAUCUUUAGGAGCAUCUCGCCUGGUUUUGCUGCAAACGACGCACCUCCCAAUUCGCGUGGAGCACGGAACAUCCGAGAACACAUCGUUUCUAUUUUUGGUCCCUUCUGUUCACGCAAGGCAACUAUUUGCUUUAUUCUAUCAACGUCACUUACUUCUCUUACACACACACACACACACAAAGUAAAAAGGCAAGAAGACGUGCGCAGACACCCAGAUAGAGUUACUUCUGGCUAUUCGUCGUUCACCGCCUUCUUUUCGCAUUCUACUUCUUUGUCUUUUUUUUUUGGCUGGAAGACUUGUUGCUGCACCCUCUUUCUCCCCCUUCCGGUUUCUGAUUUUGGCUGUGUCAUCGUCGUGCAGAGGGGAGGAGCGUAGGCGAACUUGACUUUAAGUUAUGAUAUGUGUCGGUAAGGGAGAGAGGCGUUUCUAUUGCUAUAAAAACGUACAUACUUUCCUUUUGUAGGCUCCGCUCUCUCCAUUGAUCACUCACCACCAUUUGUUGCUUCCACACUUUAUCUGUUCUUUUCCUUUUCUGUGAUCACUGGAGAAAGGGAUCCCUUUUCUCCUUCUUUGCCAGUUACUUGUAGUGUCCCUCGACACCCUCUUUUUCUUCCUUUCUUUUUUUUUUUGGUUCGUUCUGCUUCCGCUUUGUAUUUAGUGAUCUUCUUUGGGUGCGCGCCGAAAGGAAGAGAGGAAGAGAGGACUAAAGAAGCCGUACACCGUCGCUUUACCAUCUCAGAAUUUCUUUUUCUCUUCCUGCUGCUUCUGUGAAUCCUGGCCUUUGCUGUGAAGCUGACGCACUGCUGCAGACGCUCCGUUGCGUCUUCUUUUCCUUCUUCAUUCUCUUUGUUUUUUUUUUCCUUCUUAUUGCGGUGGUGACGUCUUCACGCACAUCAUCGUCAACGCCUCAUACACACACACACACAGCAGUUGAAAUGCAGCAGCCUUCGUUAGCGGAGAUGCAUGCGUUUUUCGAGCCUGCCGCGGCUAUCGCUACGUGCAAGGCAGAGGAUAUCAUGACCAUGUCAGUGGAUCACGUUGCGCAGGUUGCCUGGCCGCUGCUUUCCGAUGCGGAGCGCACUUUAUCCACGCGCGACAUCCUCUUCACCCCGCCGAUGCGCGUGAGUGCGUCUCCACGCGCCACGGAGGCCGCCUUUGCGGCAGGCAUUCAGUCCUGUCUCACAGAACUCACCGAGAGCCUUGAGCGUGUAAGGUGCGGAGAGAGCCCGCUUUCGUUGGCGCGACUGCGUGCUGCGGCGCUGGCUUACCAUAUCAACGCCGCCUCAAAGUGGUCUACGAAAGAUGCAGCGUGGUCCAAAUCGGCAAACACGACUUCGUCCUCACAGGUGCAAGGUGGCAGCUCCGCCGCCGCGCCGCCACCCGCACAGCCGGUAGAGGCGACGGACGCUCUUUUCGAUUUUGCCCUCCCAUCGUUCACGUCAGCGGAGACCGCGGAGGAGAGGAGGGGGACCGCGGCUAAGGCGUCGAGCGCUCAGGAGGCCGGUGCGCUGCCCACCACGGCGAUCCACUUGAAUAGCCAUAACCCUCCACCGGAUCUUGUCAGCUUUGAGUUACACAAAGCGACGGGCGCAUUCCACACGGCGGAACAACGCCCAACGCAGAAAAAUGAUGCCUCGGAGCAAAAUCAAGAUGCCACAGCCAACUCACACCACAGCGCUGCUGAUCGUGCGAGUUACGAGCGCAAAACGCGGUCGUUUGUCUCGGAGUUCGUCGACUCACAGUGGGAUUCGGUCGUGGCCAGCGCGCUGCGCUGCGACGGUCCAAUCAACACGGCCACCACGGCAACGGCGGCGUCAACGGAAGCGGUGGCGGCACUGCAAGCUACGAUGCUGCGACACAAAAUUGUGCGCACUGCCCUUGUCCUUUGCCACAUGGCGCCGACCUCCGCCGCGGCAGGGCAUUCGUUUGUGUGUUUGCUGAAGUACGCGCUGCGGGCGGUGGCGGCGACCGAUGCAAUUCGCUACUGCACAGAUGGAAUUCACAGUAGCAAUGCCAGCGGUAUUGGGAACGUUAGUGCGUACCCUGAUGCGGCAGCGGCUGGCGGGAUUGGCGAUGCCGAUCGUGCCGCUGCUCCCACGAACACUGCUCCCACCCAUGAGGCAGUUGAGGAUGGCAGUGAGACGAAGGUCUCGUCAGGGGCCGUCGGGGAGGACAGGAGCUCCUAUGUGGAUCAUGGCACUGAUGGGGCUAGCGAGUCGACCUCUCCGGCACCUGCCUCCUCGGGAGCCGCGACAGCUGCGGUGCAACAAAGCAUGCUGUAUUUACAGGCGAGCCUGUGGGUGGAGGUCGUGCUGCCGCUGCUGCACUGCGUGCCGCUGGUGCGUUGGACAGACGACGUGCUGACAGAGCUGGGACAGGUGCUGGAAACAAUUGCCGCGGCGCCGCCACCGAGGCUGGUCGCCAUCGCCCAACAUCAGCAGCAGCAGCAGCGCUCCACCGCUGUCGCGACGGGGCGGCACGCGGAGUCGUCGAAGGAGGCAAAGUGCCGUGCGAAGAAGCCGCCGUUUACAUCCUUGUUGACGACAACGAGCGGGGGUGAGGUAGGCGCUGGAGCUGCGCAGCUUGUUGGCUUCAACGUCCGCAUUCCUUUCAAGAUUGGCCUUCCCAAGCGUGCGGUGACACGAGAAGAACUCUUCGACGUUCUUUUUCACGGCACAGGCGCAGCUGAGACAGGAGAUAGAGAGCAGCAUCCGCGGCAGCUUCCCCUGGCCAACGAGAGCGCCACCAGCGCGACGAUGAACAACGUCUCUUCUUUCACGUCCUCCGCUUUCCAUGAAGUUCCCGACAUUCGAGACGAGGAAGAACGGACGGAGGAUGUGUCGGUCGUGGAUGAAGAGGAAGAAGAUGACGAGGCUGUGACUGCUGAUGCGUACACCACGACUUCGGCCAGCAGCGACACAUCGUCCUCUACCUCGUCUUCGGCGCACACGGAAAGGGUGAGUGCGCUGAAUGUGUCGGUGCACAGCCAGGACGAAGAGGAGGCCGCCUUCGGUGUCUUGCCGGGUGCGCCGCUUGGUGACUUCGACGCGCAGCCGUGCCGCCGCCGGCGUACGCGGAUGGUUGAAUUCAGCUUCCCGGCCGCCACACGUUUGUCGGUGCGUCUGCUCGAGUCCGUUGACUGGGAGCACUACAACCCGCGUGGGCGCGAUGUGCUCUUGUUGCCGCUGGAGAGCGCGUCCGGCAGCGCCCAGAAGUCUGCAGCAGCAGUGGGGUCCCCACAGCCGGUGCCGACUUCCACCGCCACUCCAAACGAGUCGCCCUCUCAUAUCAUCAGCAACAGUCUCGGUGCAGCUGGCAACAUUGUCAGGAUCAAGCACCCCGGCAAAGACACGCUGCCCUUGUCGCUGCAGAGCGUCAGGACGGACCGCAACGACGCACUCACGCACAACGGACCUUGUCGAGUGGCAAUCCCCAGUCUGCCACAGGAUGUUGCCUACACGGUGCCGGGCGAGGUCUCCGCCCACCUGCAAGUCACACUCGACACGCGCUGGAGCACAGAGUGGACGAUUGCUUUAUCCACAGCGCAACGCACCGUUGCGGAGCGGCUGCUGAGCUGGAUGGAGGCGCGCACGCACUCCAGCGUCGAUGACGCGCAGCAGCAGCGCCGCAGCCACGUCGCGAGCUGCCUUCUCCUCCGCGGUGGGCUGAAGGCUUCUGUGAGUGGGGCGACAUCGGAGAUCAAGACACAGGCGACGGCGACUUCGGCUGCUACUGCAGCUGCUCCAGCGUCAACUGCAUCCACCACAGCAGCAGCAACGUCGUCGACGAACGCGCCAAGCGUUGCUGCCUCGGCCACCGUGGCAUCGUCGGCGGCCAACGUGGCAUUGGACGCCUUCGUGGUAGCGAUUCUGGAGAUGCCGCUGGCCGCCUUACGCGCGCGUGUGCGCUGCCACACCAUCCACGCCGAGGGCGUCCGCGCGACGCUGGUCAUCAUUGCCCACGCCUUUGUGCAAGAUCGCCACGGCUACUUGAACGGUGACCCGCUCACGUGGCACGCGCCUGCCUGGUCCGAGGCGGUGCGGCGGGUGAGGUUGGCGAGCAACGUGGUGGGCGCCGCUGCCGUGUCGGGCGCUGCGGCGAUGGAGGUCGCUUUGUUUUUGGUGCGUCACGUCGCCGGCAGCUGCGACGCGGCCACCACCACGCGCGCGCAGGUCAUUGACGCGGCCAUUGGUCUGAUGAGCAUUUCAGGUCUCUCCUUGUCCGACGUGAAGGCGGCACUGGAGGAUCGCCGUCAGCUGAGCAGCACCAUGUGGAUCGUCGUGGACUUGCUAACCAAGUGCUCCGCCGUCUCGCGUACACCAAAGCAUGUUGCGCUCGUCAGUCAGGCAACACGGCGGCUUCUCCUCUUGGGAUGUGCCCCCACGCAGGCAGCGGUACCAUCCCUAAGCACAACACCGCAGCAGCAGCAGCAUGUGUCACCGACCUCGACCACCGGCCCACCCGCGAUAGGCGCUUCCGUGCCCACCACAGCGAGUACGGGUGUCACCGUAGCGGCGGUAACUGCAGCAGGGGGACAGCCAAACCACUACCUCUCUCUUGUGAACAGCUGUGGCCGUGCGACGGAGAUUAAUCUGCGCCGCGGCGUUCACGGCCUCCUCACCCAGCUCUUCCGUCUCUUGAAGGCGUUGCUGCACCGCCUCCACUCAGCCCAAGCUGCACCUCAUCGCUUCCUGUUGGAGUCGUGGGAGUACGGUGCCUUUGCGGUGUUCACGGUGUCGCUGAUGGCAACGCCGAUGGACACGACAGAUGUGCGACUGUGCGCACCGUUCUUCGCGGACGUCGUCACGGGUCUUCUGCCUUCCUUCACGCGGCUGUCGCGGACGGAGUCGCUGCUGCUGACGAGCGAAGCAGAGGAGCACAAAUUUCUAGUGGAGGUCGCAAAACACGUGCGAGGCCUUUCCUCCUCCACUUCUUCGACGCCGUUUAUUGGGGAAGGCGGCUGUGCGGAGCUGGGUGAGGCCGACGCCCCGGCGUCGCGUGAGCCGCAGUUCACACGCACCGUCGAGGAAACCGCCAGGAACGCGUCGACCGCCACCAGUGGGGGCGAGGACGUCGGUGUGUGGGACGUUCUGCAAGGCGCUACGGCUGCCUCCUGGACCCCUGGACACGUGCGCGUGGAAAUCUGGAACGGUAGCUGCAACGGCUUCUACGUUGGGCUCGCGUCAUCCGAACUGCCAGCCGACGUCUGCGGACCGGAGAGGGACCCAAAUGGUAUUUACUUCGUGGGUGACGGCACACUGCAGUACGGCGACGUCACGCGAAAGCUGCGGCGACUGCCCCGCUGGCACGCCGGCGACGUGGUGGAACUCAGUUUCGUCUUCGCGAGCGGCAAUUGGGAUGUGGUGAUGGCGCUGAACGGUGUCUCGAUGGUGCGCCUCACGUUGCCACGUCGCGACUUCCGCCUGGUCGCCGUGAAUGUGCGCUCUGGCGAGUAUGUGCCGGGUCGCAACCACGUCCACGUGCUGUCGGUGACCCCCAUCUACAGUAAGAGCAACGCGAUUGCGGACAAGCGCCGAAGAUACGCCGCUGCGACUCGAGCCACCGCAGCGCUGUCGACAUCGUUGGCCGCUGCGCCGGCUGACGUGCGCCUCUCGCCCUUCUCGCGCCUCACCGUCUUCAACGUUUCCCUGUUUUUAGAACUUGUUCUGCACUACCUCGUGCUCCACAGCUCGCGUCAGCAUUACCCUGCCUUGGCGAGCUCGACGGCGGCGGGGAGUACGGCGAGCGGAGCGACAACGGUGUCGGCCGCCCACGCUGGACACUCCUCACAACAGGGCCUCCGUGGGCUGCUGCGUCGUAAUGCCUCUUCGACCACCCUCGCGGGCACGCACCCCGGCGACCACAACACCGCUGCCGCUGCCGCCGGCGCAGGCGAAGGCGUCCACCUCGUGCAGGUGUGCACCGCACCACUGCAUCACAGCCUCCAGCAGCUGGUCCACCUCCUUCAUGACCUUUCCCAAUCCGACAGCACCGGCAGCAGCAACACUUCUGGUAAAGCCGAAGCGGAUAGCGAGAUGGAGGCGGACGAGGUGAAACGCACGACGGCGCAGCACAUCUCCAACGCGUUGCUGCUGGACCUCGUCGUGACGCUCUCCAUCUCGCUGCCCUCCUCCACCUCCACCUUGGCCAUGACGGUGGACGUCCUCACCGCCGUUGUCGAGUGCGAGGCGGUGACCCGCAAGGCGCGCACGGUGGCCCUCAGCGCCCUCUACAACGCCAUCACGCAACACACGUUCAGCGAGGCUGUCUCACCGGUGCACAACGCGGCCAUGCGACGACUGUGGACGGCGUGCUACCGCCUGGCAAGCGAGAGGCCGGGCUACCAACCCCGCUUCAGCACCGCCUCGGUGCCCGCCGGCUCCGUCGUCGUUUUCGCCGGCGGCCGCCGUAUCGAGCACCGCCGCGUGAGUGUGAGCACCGCGCUCUCAGGCAAUGUGCGCAGUAUGUCGUACGCGUGCAACCCCAUCGACCUCGACGACCGCGAGACGCCGGAGGUGGUCCGGGUGUCGGUCCGCCUGCAGCGCGGCUUCCAGUGCGAGACGCUGGGACGGUACUACUACUUUGGCCUGGCCGACGUUGCCGCAGCCCCGGCUUCUGCGCUCGUUGCCCAGGGCAAUGCGAGCUCCACUUCUGCGUCAAUCAGCGACGUGGAGCCGUCUUUGCCGAAAGCCACCACAACGGCUGCAAGGGACCUGACGAGGCACCCUGGCGAGCGCGCGAAGCAGCGGCGCACCUACUACAUCUCCGAUUAUCUCUCCGACGUUCCCGAAGCGGCGGUGCAGAAGGCGGACGUGGCCCACGCGAAGAACUACCUCAACUCGGAGUCCAACAUCAUCUUCGGCUCCGGCGACGUCGUGACGGCCGUGGUGUACGUGCGAGAGCGGUGGAUCAGCUUCGAGCGCAACGGGCUCCCGCUGAACGUGCAGUACCGCGACAUCCCCGCCACCGUGCACUGCCUCUACCCGUUCGUGGAGCUUUACAACCGUGACAGCCGUGCGAAGUGGAUGUACGCGCCGGAUGAGGCGUCGAUGAGUGCGCGUUACACGAUGCGGGCGAUGCUGCUGGCGUGGCCCAACGCCGUUCUUCCGCUUGUUAAGGAGUACUUGUCCAAGUUUGGUGUGCCGAGGGCCCCGCGUGCGACCGCAGACCCGCAGGGCCUCCUCGCGCCGCUGCCCCGGUCCACCACCGACAGCGCCGGCAACAGCCGGACCAGCGGCAGCGUGUGUGCCAACGAGAAAGAAGGCGCAGACACGCUCGAUGUGGUGCUGGGUGUGCUGGGGGCAGACGGAGAGGAGAUGCGCAUGGUGUACGUGGCCCCGCCGCAGCUGGACCAGCCGAGCGGUCGCGCGGAGUCGGUCCGCGUGGAGCGCUUUGAGCGCAGUAUGGCGGUGGUGAGCGACGAGGCGGGCUCUCUGCAGCGCGUGUGCGCCGCGGCACUGGAGCCGGACACGACGAAGGAGGUCGAUGUCCUUCCGGAGGCGGCGCUGCGUUCUGUGCUGCAGGCAUGUGUGCCCGAGCUGGCCGUCUUAGCUACGCAGUGCCUGCAGGAGCUCCUCAUUAUGGACGACCAUGAAGACGAAGGCAGUCUAAGCGAUGUGCAGCAUGGCACGCCCACGUCCACCACAAGGGAGGAGAAGGAGAAGGAGAGCGGGCCGGCAACGCGCCAGAUUGUGCUGCAUCGCCCGGAGACCCUCUUGCGCGUCUUACGACUCUUUUUUAACUUAAACGCCAACGUCAGCACUCCAACAGCAGCGACGAUGGCAGGAGCAGCGGCUCGCAGCGCCCACAGCGCGCCACAGUCAAACACGCUCUCGUUGGAUGCAGCUUCUGCAACGACGCUGACUCUCGCCGAACCGAUGGAGCGGGCCAUGCUGACUCUAUUACCACUGUUGGAAGCGUUGCUGCCGGCAGCCCAGCUCGACCUGCCACCGGCGGUUCUGCUGCGCGAGGCGUGGAAUGAGAUGUGGUGCAACCCAAACUUGCGAUGGCAGGUGGACAUUACGGUGCCGCGCUGCUCUUCGGCUGUCACUUCUCCAGCGGCGUCGAAGGGGGGCUCAGAGAAGACGGGGGCGGGGCAACAGGAGCAACUACAGCAGCGUGGGGGUAACGACAACUCAACCAGCAGCGCAGGCGGUCUGUCGAUGAAUUUGGCGGAGCUGGACUACUCGUACACUGAGCCCGCCGGCGUCACGUACGGCUCGAGUGCGCGGCGCUUCGACGACCGCCUUCGGGGGAGUCGGGCAGACGGCGGCAAGUGGCUCUGCCCGUCGUGCGGUAAGUGCUGGUCCGCCUGCGCCGCCCAUCACAAGGUGCCAUCAAGCUGGUGCGAUUUGCUCGACCGCGUGUUGCGGCUGCUGCAGCGCCAAAAUGCGUCCGCGUCGCACCGGCACGCGUCAUCGCCGUACUGCGGGUGGUUUGCGGAGUGGACCGAUGGACCGUUGGAGGCACCACCGGAAGGCAGUGCACAGCGCAACAUCGGUGACAGCCACGACCCGCAGACGCCGUCGGCGGACGAGGACAGGGCUUAUCACAGUCCCUCCUCUGCGCAGUCGUCUGAUGCGCAGCUCUGGGAAGACACGGAGGACACCUCGUCGGCGGAAGACGAAGAGGCAGCGGGUGACGACGACGGCGAUGAUGUGGUGGCAGACAGCACAGAAGCGUCUGACACGGCGGGGAAUAGUACUCCUGCAGUGUCGUCGCCGGGCGGCACAGCUGCUCCUGCGUCUCCCACGCGCACGGAGGAAAUGAAGGAGCGUACCGCCGUGAUGAAGGAGGGCGAAGCGCCGGUGACUCUCGUUGUCCGGCGUGUCCAGAAACCGUCUGAUAAAGAGGGCAGUGACGAUGACGACGAGGCUGUCCACGUGGAGGGCAGCGGCGAAACCCCGCAGGCCUCCUUCACUUUUGCGGGCUGCCUCAUCUCCCCCACGCUGCUGCGCGGGCAGAUGAUGUUUGACCGCAGCGACCCCCCCGACGAGGAGAGCGAGCCGCCGGCCACCCAGGCGUGGGCCUGCCCCCUCUGCACUUUCCUCAACGAGCCCGCCGAGGUACGGUGCGCCAUCUGCGGCAACGGGCGGCCCGGCGCGUCGUGGACGUGUCCGGUGUGCAGCUACGCCUACAACACGCUCACCUCGGCCACCUGCGUCACCUGCGGCUGCAUGCGGCCCAGCAGCGUACGUCGGCAGCAUGACGCUGCUGGGCCGAGUUGCCACUGCACCAGGUGCCACCAGCGCGAACACUUCAGGAACUUCCACGCCAUGCGGUACCGCCACUACUGCUCCAGCUGCGGCACCGUCACGCGUUGGCUGCCGAAGGACAAGUACAGCACCACGAUUGAGGCACGCCUCGUGGGCGACGGCGGGAUGCUGGAGUUCCAAUGGGCGUUGGACGGGUACAACACCGUUUGCUUCGGCCUGCGCACCCGCGCGUACAACGCAGACGCGCUGUGGAGCCUGGUUGACGCGGCGGCGAGGAAGCGAGGAUCGUCGGCGCUGAAGGAAGUGAGCCGCUACGUCCCGCCCGUCCCCGAGCGUCCCCUCAGCACGCCCUCCGCAAGACCAAAUGCGUCCGUUACGGCCUCCUCGUCCUUUCCCUCCGCCGCGAGCCCUGAUGGGCAGCCGUGCAUGGUCGGGGGAAUCGUCUACUACGCGAGUGCGUUGGUGCUGCGGUACGCGAGGCUGCUCUCGCCGCCGCAGCUGGCCGAGCCGGACUUCCUGCGUCGUCUGCACGUAUGCGGGCCGGAGUGGCUGGACAGCUGGGCCCAGUUUUCCCUCUCCGUUGUGAAGCCCAUUUUCAAGCAAUGCGUGAAGCUUCUGCAGGACGGGGUGCGCCAGCCGGAGCUCGUCUCCAACAUUGCCACCGUUGCCUUGGCGCUGAUUCGUCAGCAGCCCGAGGCACUCGGUGCGGAAAAACACGCCCUGCUCUACGCCCUGUGCCUCAACGUGGUUCGCUACGGCGACGCAGCCCAGCGCAAGGCGAGCUAUACCUGCAUCAGCGCCCUUCUGGAAGACGACCUAGCCGCCGCGCUGAACGUUCAGCCACUGGUCCCUGUGCUCUCGCUGGAGCCGCCCGUGGAGGGGCAGCAGCGGGCGACCGUGCUGGCGCUGCUGCACCACGUCUCGACGAACUCCACCCCAACCAUCGCCAAGGCGUGUGCGUGUCUGGCGCGGACGGUGGAGGCGAUGGAGCACCAGCGGUUGCUUCCGCCGAUGCUCGGCAAGCCGUUUCCGUACUUGGUGGCACUCACGGAAACACGACUGAACGAGGGCGGUGAGUUGCUGGUGGGGCAGGUGCGUGGCAGCAUAGGAGUGGCUCCGACCAAGAAAGGAAAGUACUACUACGAGGUGGAGGUACCGCGCGAAUUCGUGUCGGACCGCGCCAAGACGAUUGUGAUGGGCUGGGGCACCGUCGAGCACGAGCGCAUCGCCUCCGCUCAGCACGUCGGCUCCGAUCUGCACUCCUGGGGCUUCAACUGCCGAGAGCACCUGCGGCUGAUGAUGACGGAGCAGCCGGUGCCGGUGCCGCGGCGGCCAAACCAGGGCGACGUGAUUGGGUCGAUGUUGGACCUCGAGACGAUGAUGGUGUGCUGGACCAUCAACGGACAGGAAACCUGGUGGGUAUCGGUGCCGGCCCAGGGGAACGGCGAGGAGAUCUUCCCGUACGUGAGCGCCUCUGUCGAGCCGCAGAGCGUGAAAAUUCGUCUGGGAAACACUCGCUUCAAGCCGGCCGGCUACGAAGACUACUCACCGCCGUCCGAUCGGGACUUGUGGACGGAGGACACGGACAGCAGCACUGGCUAUCAUGGCAAAGUGAAUAAGAACAGACCGAAAUCGGCCGCGGGGACGACCAAGAAGCACACCCCACCAUCGUCUCACCCUCCGCAGAGCUAUGAGUUCUACCAGCAGCUGAGCCGGGCUUUGGAGGAAGCUUCCAUUACGACGCUCGACGACACAUCAAUUCUCUCCUUACUCGACACGACCACCGCGCGCAGCGUUCUGCGGCAGUAUCCGGCGGUGCUGGAGCUUAUGUGCGCGGCGCAGCGCGGCAACGAAGCGGCAGUCGAAAGUGCGGCUGGCGGUGCAUCGAGGGCGAGUACGUCAUCGGCGGACGGCACAACGGCGGGAGGAGACGCAGAGGAUGUGCAGCUGCUCAUCCCGUACAUUCAGCGGCUGCGGCGCGCGCAGGAGCUGACGAUUGUCGUGGCGCGGCACCUCUCUCUGAUCGAGAAGUUUCCAUACCUCAUGUCAUGCUAUAUGAAAGCUACCAAUUUGCUCUUUAGCAGCGGUCGAUGGACGAUCUUUGAGCUGCAGCCCGGUGGGCGCCCCAAGUAUCAUGGUGGGCACGCUUUCCGAGUUUUGGUGUCGGUGCGGAAGGCGAAGCACGUCCGCAAGGAAGCGGAUGCAGAGUGGCUGUCGCAGCAUCCUAAUUUAAUACAGCAGCAGCAGCAACAACUGCUUCAGCGGCUCUCGCCCCAGCCCUCCACGUCCUCCGCUGGAAUGCUGGGUGCGCAGCUUACAGAGGACGACUUCCUCACCUUCCUGCCGCUGUCUUUUUCUGCUCGGGAAGCUGCGCACGGUCGCGAUCAGAGCAGCAGCAGAAGCAGCCCCGGCAGCGAUGCCAGUGCAUCUGCCAGACGACGCGGCGUGCGCGAGGAAGACGGCGAUGGCAGCGCUGCGGAGGAAGACGAGGAGGAGGAGUACAUGGACGUGGAGAGCGGCGAGGACGGUGAAAGCGAAGACAUGAGGACCCUUACCGGUGACUUGGAGCGCUCCGCCUCUUUUGCUGAGCUGCGCAAUGCUCUGCAGGAGGCCUGCGGUGACGGUUCGCAGCUUUCGCCCAUCGAGCGCCGACUGCGCUGCAGCGUGACGGGGCAGCUCUUUACGCAGCUGGAGAAGACGCGGGUCUACCAGCGGGCGCGCAUGUUCGCGGUGCACCUCGAGAGCACGUUGGCCGUCGACGCCGGCGGGGUCACGCGCGCCGUCAUGAGCAUGGUGGGCGAGGAGCUGAGUUACCGCUUUGUGCGCGGCAUCCGCAUCGAUCCUCUCCUGCCGCUGUUCCAGCUUUGCGGCCACAGCACCAUCUUCACCGUGGUGCCGAACAUGGCUGCGUUGUACGCCAGCGAGGCGGCCGACGACGGCGCCGAGGGCGGGCUGCUGCGACGCAUGUUCGAGUGGCUGGGCAAGCUGAUUGGCAACAUGGUGCUCUGCGGCACGUUGAAGGUGCCCUUUGACUUUCCCCGGCUGGUGUGGAAGACACUCACGUUCCAGGAGGAAACGGUCACGCUGGCGGACUACGCGUACGACAUCGACGACAACAUCACCGCGGCGCUGGAGGAUGACGAGUUUGUGCUGAGCGAUGCGUUCUUCGCUGCGCUGCCGGAGCACGUGCGGGCGAGCCCUGCCUUUUUGAAGAGCCUGCAGGGAAGCGGCAGCAGCGGCGGCGAUAAAGUCGGCCGAGAUGGCCACGCCGGCGACGGCAGUGGCAAUAGCAGUGGUGACGGUAGCGGUGACGCGGUGGGACAUCACGCCGCGUUGCCCUCCGCACGCCCGCUGCGACCCUAUGUGUGCAUGACGCCGGCCAUGAGCAUGCAAGACAUGAGCCACUACGCGUUGGAGGAGUUAGAAGAGCUCGCCGAAUAUGCCGAGGCCGCCGAGUUGAGCCGUCGUCGCGCUGUUGCUCAGGAGGUGUUGCUGCAUCAGUACGAUCCGGCUCUCCUUGCGAUGCGAGCCGGACUGACCUCUGUCGUGCCGGCGUCGUCACUGCGGUCGGUGCGGUGGGAGGACCUACGCACCCGGGUGUGCGGCAACGGCGCCGCCUCCACGGAGCACGUCUUGGCCGAGCUGGACAUGUCGUCGCUCUCCCCGUCAAUGCGUGCGAUGUUGACGCAGGUGCUGAGCAGCUUCACUCAGUCGCAGCUGUCUCGCUUCCUCUUGUUCUGCUCAGGGCAGAGCCGCAUUCCGCUGCCCGAGAAGGUGUUCGUGAACUGCGGUGAUAAGGCGGGACGGCUACCGACGGCACAUACGUGCUCGCCAAUCUCGCUCCUGCUGCAGCCGUGCUCUACAGCGGCAGAGCUGCAGAACAGUCUUGAGGCGUGUUUGACUCACGCCUCAGAGUUCGGAUUCAUUUGA